AUGAACCUUCUCCGCCGCUCCCGAGGCCCCUGUUCUGCUGCUGCUGCUGCUGCUGUCCUUUUUGCUGCUGCUGCUGCUGCUCUGCUGCCCGCUGCAGCCUUCCGGGUAACUCGGCAGCUCGCGCCCCCAGGGGGGCCCCCGGGGGGCCCCCCGGGGGCCCCCCUGGGGGCCCCCCCGACCCUCAUGGGGCCCCCCCAAACCCCCAAGGCUCCGCAGUUUGCUUCUUCUCUUUUAAAAAGCAAGACUCGCCAGAUCCUGAAGGCCCAGCAGCCCCCAGCCGUAAACCCUAAACCCUAA